AUGGGUAAGAAUAAAGACAAGGAUAAGGGUGGGACUGGUUCACCCCCAGUUCAUAACAUCAUCAAGCAGAUAUUCUGCACGGCGGAGAAGGCUUAUUGUAGUGGCCAAACUGGCGAAGAUACCAGGGUCCUAGACUCCGAUUCGGGAGCUCACGCCACACCUCGCAAAGAGAUCAUCGAGAUUAAGUCUCAAAAAACGGAGUUACGGUCCCCCGCUACGGCCAUAGCUGCGGCUGUAGGGAAGGUUGAUAUACCUUCUGAAGGGGCGAAAAUCCCGUUGAAUGACGUUCGAAUGGACACAACUACCGUUUGCACCGAUGAGCCAGAGCAGUGA